AUGAUUGCACAGAAGGUGGAUAACUCUCAGGCUUUUGUAUGGUUGUCACAACUGAGACAUCGCUGGGAUGAUAAUGAGCGCGACUGUUUUGCAAACAUCUGUGAUGCUCAGUUUCGCUAUGCCCAUGAAUACCUUGGCAACACACCUCGACUUGUCAUUACACCUCUUACUGACAGAUGUUACAUCACACUGACCCAGUCUCUCCAUCUGAUCAUGUCUGGAGCACCUGCUGGCCCAGCCGGCACUGGGAAGACAGAGACCACAAAAGAUUUGGGUCGUGCCCUUGGCAUCAUGGUGUAUGUCUUCAAUUGCUCUGAACAAAUGGACUACAAAUCAAUUGGCAAUAUCUACAAAGGACUGGCCCAGUCUGGAUCCUGGGGCUGUUUUGAUGAGUUCAAUCGUAUUUCAGUGGAAGUGUUGUCAGUGGUGGCUGUACAGGUGAAGACAAUCCAGGAUGCAAUCAAGGAUAAGAAAAAGAGAUUCAAUUUCUUGGGCGAAGAAAUCAGACUGCAGCCAACAGUGGGCAUUUUUAUCACAAUGAACCCUGGGUAUGCAGGUCGCACGGAGCUGCCAGAGAACUUAAAAGCUUUGUUCAGGCCAUGUGCUAUGGUGGUGCCUGACUUUGAGCUUAUCUGUGAAAUCAUGUUGGUUGCUGAAGGUUUCAUUGAUGCAAGGCUCUUGGCCAGAAAGUUUCUCUCUCUGUAUAGUCUGUGCAAAGAGCUGCUUUCUAAACAG